GUUGCGGAGCCGGUUAUCGCCCGCCGCAGCCUCGGGAAGCGCACGGGAGUUGCGCUAUUUACGGCAGCGGAGGGAAAAAAGAGCGCCCGAGGCUCCGUGAGUGCGGUGAAGCCGCGCUGCCAGGCCGCCGUGGGAGGGGGCACGGCCUCCAGCCUGCACGUGGGUGGAUGACACAUGUGCUUGGCUGCCGCCGCCGCUAAUUUUCUCUUACGUUUUUCCUUCGUUAGCCCCGUCCUGGGCUGUUUUCUGAGGAAAAGCCGAGGUUGCUGCGUAACUGCUGCAAAAUGGCAAGAGAAGGUGUUCCCCGCUUCUCGUGGAACCAUCCCUUCCCUCUAGACUAGGAGCAUCGGCCGCUUCUGCUCCCUAAUUAGCGUCAUAACUAGAGCAGAGGGUGCGGGUGGGAAGGGCGAGAACGAACAUCCCCUGCGGAGGGAGAGAGGACGAGGAGAGAGGAGCCAGGAUUUGGGCUCGGUCUGUUGGCGCUGGCACGUGGCAAUACUGGUUAAUCCUUUUGGCGCUGAGCACCGGGGAGCUGUGGGCUUUCCUCAGCCAGGGUUUGUCAAGACUGAGUGGGGAGAAAGGUCGUGAUGAAGAACCAAGGCGGGGAGACCAAAGCAGCCCCGCGGCCUGCCAGCUCUUCCAAAAUGAGCAGUGGGCUGGCGCUGGAGGAAGGCGACUCGUCGGAGGCUGCAGCACCCCUGGAAGGUGGGGAAUCCCCAGGGCCUGGGGUGCGCCGCUCCCUGCCCGCGGCUGAUGGCAGUGCUGGCAGUGCUGGCAGCCCUGGCAGCGAGGCACAGGAAACGCGUGAGGCUCCUCUUGCGCAGGAGGACACCAAGUCCUCCCGGCCUGCUGUGCGUGACGUCUCCGAAGAGCUCAGCAGGCAGCUUGAGGACAUCCUGAACACGUACUGUGUGGAUGCCAGCCAGGAGGGCCCGGGCGAGGACGGCGGGCAGAGCGAGCCUGCGGAGCCGGAAGAAGCCGAGAAGUGUCGUAGCGAGUCCCCGAGGAACGGUGAGCAGGAGACGGGCAGCCCCGAGAUGAACGGGGAGAAGGAAAGCACGAAGGGGACUGAAGAGUUUCGACCCAGCGAGGAGUGUGGGGAGCGGGAUCAGAAGAAGGCUCAGGAAAAGAAGAAAGCCAAGGGCCUAGGGAAAGAAAUCACUUUGCUGAUGCAGACGCUGAACACCCUGAGCACGCCAGAGGAGAAACUGGCAGCACUGUGCAAGAAAUACGCUGAGCUGCUGGAGGAGCACCGUAACUCCCAGAAACAGAUGAAGAUCUUGCAGAAGAAGCAGACGCAGCUGGUGCAAGAGAAGGACCACCUGCAGAGCGAGCACAGCAAGGCCAUUCUGGCCCGCAGCAAGCUGGAGAGCCUGUGCCGCGAGCUCCAGAGACACAACCGCACCCUCAAGGAGGAAGGUGUCCAGCGUGCGCGGGAGGAAGAGGAGAAGCGGAAGGAGGUGACAUCCCACUUCCAGGUGACGCUGAACGACAUCCAGCUCCAGAUGGAGCAGCACAACGAGAGGAACUCCAAGCUGCGCCAGGAGAACAUGGAGCUGGCAGAGCGGCUUAAGAAGCUCAUCGAGCAGUACGAGCUGCGGGAGGAGCACAUCGACAAGGUGUUCAAACACAAGGACCUGCAGCAGCAGCUGGUGGAUGCCAAGCUCCAGCAGGCGCAGGAAAUGCUGAAGGAGGCAGAGGAGAGACACCAGCGGGAGAAGGACUUUCUGCUGAAGGAAGCUGUGGAAUCGCAGAGGAUGUGUGAGCUGAUGAAGCAGCAGGAGACCCAUCUCAAGCAGCAGCUGGCUCUCUACACAGAGAAGUUCGAAGAAUUCCAGAACACCCUUUCCAAAAGCAGCGAAGUGUUCACGACAUUUAAACAGGAGAUGGAGAAGAUGACGAAGAAAAUCAAGAAGCUGGAGAAAGAGACCACUAUGUACCGCUCUCGCUGGGAGAGCAGCAACAAGGCUCUCUUGGAAAUGGCUGAAGAGAAAACCCUUCGGGACAAAGAGUUAGAGGGACUUCAGGUGAAAAUCCAGCGUUUGGAGAAACUGUGCCGAGCCCUGCAAACGGAGCGCAACGACCUCAAUAAGAAGGUGCAGGACCUGUGUGCCCAUGCGCCCCGGGCAGACACGGACCUGUUGGAGCCUUUGAAGGAUCCAUCCCGGGACGGCUCCGAGGCAGCGGCGGGAGGCGUUCCAGCAGAGCAGCGCCUGGCCGAGGAUUGCCUUCACUCAGGAAAGCCGACGCACAGCACGGAUCCUGCGGAGAGCCCGGGAGAACUGAGCAUAGGAGCCUUGGGGCAGAGCGGGACUGAGGAGGGCCCUCAGGGCGCUGACUGAGCCCCUGGUGCGGUAGGCAGAGGUAGGGAGAGGGAGGGUGACGUGAAUGUUUCCAUAGACUCGACCUGAUGCCCCUCUCCUGGUGCUUGGACAGGCGUGAGAGGACGGCCCUCCUGGGGAUUGGAGAUUCCUAGCUUAGGUUUUUGGAGGGUUUUUAAAAUUUUAUAUAUAUAUAUAUAUGAUAUAUAUAUGAAAUAUAAAAUAUGUGCAGGGCAACGUACACUUUAUAUAUGGAUAUACAUGAAAACUAGAAUGACCCACCUCCCUGCGUGUGCGUGAAUAACUAAUAUAUGGAGACUCAACUGAUCGUCCCUUUCACUAAAAGACCUUGUCAUUGGCAGGCUGCGACUCCCCUAAAACCUAGCGCAGCUCAGGAGGGCAGGCGCGGGGAUCUGCCCCGGCACGCAGCGCUGGGACAGCCGGACGCGUCGCCGCCUCCACCUUCACAGCGACUCUGGCAUCGAGUGAAAGCAAACGAGCUGAGCAGGGGAGAACCGAAGCGUUUCCCAGCGCUGCAUUCUCCCUCCCUCCUCUGCGUCAGGCAGGAGGGAGCUCCUGAACUCGCUCUUGUUUUCUUGUGCCCUGGCUGGCAGCUCUCUCCUGCGUGAGCUGAGCAAACGAGGGUGAAAGAGGCCGUUUCCCCUCCUCCGUGUGGGUUUUGCGUAUUGAACGGGGACAAAGAGAAGCAAAUGGGGGGGUGCCCGUUCGCCCAGGCCUCCCGCAGGGCCUUUGCUCUUCCCAGAACCUGCCAAUGUCUCAGUAGCCUUAUGAUUCACAGUUGCCUCUUUGCUAUACGCACAUGUGCACAAGUGUAUUAAACAGUUAAUCCAAA